AUAUCUAACCACUUUAAGCCUUUUAUAUAGCUCUCUCCAAUUCAGGUUACCAUAUCAAAUCAAGAAACUCAAUACACAAAGCUUUCUAUUCUCUAGCUCGUAAAUUGCCUACACAAAUUUCAUCCAAUACAAUUCUUUCACCAAAGAUCACUUAAACAUUAUGGAUAUGGUUAUGAAGUUGGGAGCACAAAGUCCAGUUGUGAUUUUUAGCAGAAGUACUUGUUGCAUGUCUCACACUAUUGAAACGUUAAUCCGAAAUUUCGGAGCAAAUCCUACAAUUUAUGAACUUGAUAGACUUCAGAAUGGGAGAGAAUUGGAGAGGGCAUUGAUUGAAUUAGGGUGUCAAACAAGUGUGCCUGCUGUGUUCAUAGGAAAUGAAUUGGUUGGUGGUUCUAAUGAGAUAAUGAGUCUCAACAUUAGAGGCAAGCUCAAGCAAUUGCUCAUAAGGGCUAAUGCAAUUUGGGUAUAGAAAUAAUGCUUUUAAGUUUUAAUUUUCUAGCUAAAAUAUCUAGGACUUGAUGUCAUUUUUUUUUGGCAGAGAUACACCUAGCUAUUGAGGUUCUUUUUCUGUCUUUUUCCUUUUUAAAUAAAAAAACUUGGGGCAGUUUUUUUUAUCUAGCUCCAACUUGUUAUUGAUGUAUCAAUAAUGGUACGUUUUGGCCAUAAUAUAAUGACUACUUGCUGCA